AUGCACACUUGGGCUUUGAGAAACUUGAUCACUGAAUUUGGACGAGCUGCUCGGAGACCUCAUAUUCCUCGGGAAUCGGCCAUGCGGGAGCUCUACGUAUGUUCAACGUCCGACCUGAGCCCGGAUGCACCUGCCACGGAAGCUGCUGAUGACUACGAGGGUUACUGGGAGGAAGGUGAAGAGGAGGCGCUUGAGGUGGAUGCUGAAGUUGAGGCCAGAGGUAUCUCGACGCCACAGAUCUUGGACUUGGCCACGAAGAACAUCCACGGUAUCGAUAACAUGGACACCCAAGUGAUGGAUUUGACAGAAGUGGCGGAGGCAGCAGCUGAAGAGGAAGAUUCCAGACGCUCUACAUCAGAACUCCUUCGUGCACAGACAUUGGUUCUUGGACAAGAAACGCCUGAACAGAAAGACGACAAGAAGGAGGACACAAAUGGCACGGAGAUUCCAAUGGUACAACAGCCUUCCGAACCCAAGGAAUCAGAAGAAAGCGCUAUGGUACCUGAACAGAGGGUUGAGGAGGAGACUGGAGCCACAGCUGAGGAAAAGAACGUUGAGGAGAAGACUGGCGAGAAGAGUGAAGAGAAGAGAGAAGAGAAGGCGGCUGAAGAAAAGGCUGUUGAAGAAAAGGCUGAGGAGAAAACAGCUGUUGAAGGAACAAUUGAGGUGAAAACUGCAGAAGGAAAGACUGAGGACAAGACGGCUGUUGAAGAAAAGGCUGAAACUGAAGAGAAGACUGAAAAGGAGAAGACUCAAGAGAUCGAGACAAACGGGGCAGAGGAGACACCAGAAGAGAAGACCGAGGAGCAUGAAGUGAAGAGUGAAGAGAAGAUCGAGGAGACCCAAGAGAGUCCUGUGAAGAGCGAAAAGAAGGUUGAGGAGGUGAAGAGUGAAAAGAAGGUUGAGGAGGAGAAGAAAUCAGAGAGUGCGGAGAACGGGGAGAAGGGCAAAGAAGGCGAGAACGCAUUGCCGAUUGCGCGACCAAAAGCUCUUGAUGAGCACAAGCCUGUUGCUCCAGAUGAUCAGCCAAAAGCAGCAAAGAAGAAGAAGAGAAAGGGUGGCUCUGCAGAUGAUUGCGAGGAUGAAGAUGACAACCAGGAUGUUGAGGAGAAUGAGCAGAAGAAGAAAGGAGGACCUGGCAGGCCCAAAGCGAAAGCCAAAGCCAAAGCUAAGGCAAAGGCAAAGGGCGAGAAGCCAACAGGAAAAAGGCAGAAGACCAACAAGCACCCCAAUAAAGAACAGAAGGAGCUACAGGACCAACCGAAGGCCAAGAAAUUCAAGGCAUCGGCGUCGGCAGAAAAGAAGGAGGGAGAGGAGGAAAAGGUGGAAGAGAAUGAGAAGGUGAAAGCCAAGAGGACGAAGGCAGAAAAGCCCGAUACAUCGUCGAAGAAGCCAAAGAAGUCGCAGAAGGACAAGGAAGAGGAGGACAAGGAGUCAAAACAACCGACCAAGGAGCCAAAGACAAAGAAGACUGGGAAGACAAAGGAACAGGAGCAGAAGGCCAUUGAAGGUGGGAAUUCAAAAAGGACGAAGACCUCAACGAGGAAAGCAGCAGAGUCACAGGAAGAGAAGGAGAAAGCAUCACAGAAGGGCAAGAAGAGCGAUGAUGCAAAGAAGGAAGAGAAGGAGCAAGGAAGGAAGAGAAAAGUGCAGGAAAGCCCAAAGGAGAAGACCGAAGGUGCUGAUGGUGUUUCGGAGAGGGAUCCUAGCCCAAACACCCUGAAGAGGCAGAAAAGAUCCAAGCAGUGCUGUGCCUACAAGCAAGCCUACAACAUGGCAAUCAACUCCGGCAAAGAUGAGGAGGAGGCAAGGGAAGAAGCUCGAGCAGUGACUGGACCCAACUAA